UCUGAAACGCGAUUAUUUAUAAAACACCCCCUGUUUGGACUACCGGUAAAAAUACACAUGGUUGCAUGCGUGUGCAGGAGAGGUUAGCCACCAAGGGUCUUAAGAAAAUACCUCUCUUUUCCUAUAUAUCUUGGAGUAGUGAGAGAUACCCGGGAACUGUCUGUGUGUUUGGAUUCCGGAAGGAGGGACCUUCCACCAUUUUUGUUUGAUUCCAGAGACUGACAUCUAACUAAAAACGAUCGGAAACUAAUCACGGGGACUAGAGAGCGAGUCACUUAAAAAUCAAAGUUUCAUAAAAACAAAGAAACAAUAAACAAAUAUAAACAAGGAAUUUGAUAUUUCUCUCUUUGGACACUCCCUGUGGGAAAUCGCUACUUGUAUCAGAAAGGGCUAAGGCCUGCCCUCCUCAUAGGUGAAUCACUUGUACUCACUCAAGCGUGAGAUCCCAUUUUUGUCAACGGCGGUAUAUAUAAACCAACCAUGGAUGAAAGCGAGGCACAGUUUUAUGACGAGGACGAGGAAGAGGAGAUGCCGGCAACAGAGAGAGAUUUAGCGGACGACGCUCAAUGGAAGCUUAUCCAGAAAAACACCUUCUCCAGGUGGGCUAAUGAACACCUGAAAACGGUAAAUAAGGUUUUAAACGACCUAGAAGCCGAUCUUAGCGAUGGAUUACGUUUAAUAUCGCUAAUUGAAGUGCUUUCCGGCAAGCAAUUUAAAAAAAUCAACAAGAGGCCCAACUUCAGAACACAGAAACUUGAAAAUGUUACCAUGGUUUUGGAGUUCCUGGAGAAGGAUGAGGGGAUCAGGAUCGUCAACAUCGACAGUACGGACAUUGUGGACAGUAAGCUGAAGUUGAUCCUGGGUUUAAUAUGGACCCUCAUUCUCCACUACUCCAUUUCUAUGCCCAUGUGGGAGGGCGAAGAGCCAGGACCAUCAGAGGGCGGACCCACACCCAAACAGAGGCUCCUCAACUGGGUACAGGGCAAGGUACCUGACCUGCCGAUUCGUAACUUCACCACCGACUGGAAUGAUGGAAAGGCCAUUGGAGCUUUGGUUGAUGCUGUUGGACCCGGUCUGUGCCCUGACUGGGACAACUGGGAUCCCAAGAAGAAGAAGGAGAACGCCAAGGAAGCCAUGGAUGCUGCCGACAAAUGGUUGGGAGUACCACAGCUCCUUGACCCGAAACAUAUGACCAACCCCAAUGUGGACGAACUGUCUAUGAUGACAUAUCUGUCCAACUUCCCCAAGGCCCAGCUCAAGCCUGGUGCACCUCUGAGGCCCCGCCUCAACCCAAACAGGGUUCGCGCCUAUGGCCCCGGACUGGAGCCCACUGGUAACCAGGUUGGUGCCCCAGCACGUUUCACCGUAGAAACCUUCAGUGCUGGCAAAGGAUCAUUGGAGGUCAUUCUUCUCAACCCCAAUGGUCAGAAGGAGCCGUGUGAGUGUACAUUCAACAGCGACAGAAACCUGACCUACUCAUGUUUAUAUACGCCCAAGACAGAGGGAGAGUACAGGGUGAUCAUCAAAUUCGGCGCGAAGGAGAUCCCAAAGAGUCCAUUCUGUGUGAAGGUAGAGGGUGCUGCAGGCGACGCCUCCAAGGUAACAGCCACCGGACCUGGAAUCCAGAAGACCGGGGUGGUCGCCGGAAAGAGGACACAUUUCGAAGUGUUCACCAAGAAUGCAGGGGGCUCCAAAUUGGUAGGAAAGGAUGCCGGCAAAGGUAACGUCGAUGUGGUCAUCUUGGACAGCCAUGGUCGCAAGGACACAGUCCGAGCCAGCAUUAAUGCUGUCGCUGGAAAGGAGGCCACCUACCUGGUGGAAUACGUGCCUCUGGAGCCUGGUCAGCACUCCGUCAACAUUUACUUCGCUGGACACCAGAUCCCUCACAGUCCCUACGGCGUUGGAGUCGCUCCAGCUGGCACCAAGACCGCUCCUGGUCCCGCCCCACCUGCCAAAGCACCUGCUGGAAAAGGGCCUGCUGGUAAACAACCACCGGGUAAACCGGCCGCUCCUGCAUCAAAUGCAAAGCUGUGCUUUGCUACUGGACGAGGUGUCCAGCCCAGCGGAGUCCGUGUCAAGGACCAAGCGACCUUCAAAGUGCACACCAAGGGCGCCGGAACUGCUGAACUCAAAAUACAGGUUACUCAGCCAGGAGGUAAAGAAUUAAAGUGUACAUCAGUCAAGUCAAAGACGGAGGAAGGUGUUUGGGAGUGUUGUUACGUACCAACUGUUAAGGGUCAGUAUGUCAUCAACAUCACCUUUGGUGAACAACACAUCACCAAGAGCCCAUUCAAGGUGGAAGUCGGCCCCACCAAGGUGUCCAAGAUCAGGGCCUAUGGACCUGGUCUGGAGGGAGGCGUCGUCAACCAGCCAGCUGUCUUUACCGUGGAAACUAACGGCGAAACUGGUGCUCUUGGGUUCUCCAUUGAGGGUCCAUCACAGUGUAAGAUCGAUUGUAGAGACAACAAUGACGGCUCUGCCGACGUAACAUACUACCCCAAGGCCGAGGGUGAAUAUGCCGUACAUGUACUCUGUAACCAGGAGGAUAUCCCACAAUCCCCAUUCAUGGUGCCCAUCGGACCUGAAACCAAGGAAUUUGAUUCAUCCAAGGUCAUUGCCAAGGGUCCUGGUCUGGAGAAGACUGGAGUCAAGGUUAGUACCUGGGCCGAGUUUACUGUCGAUGCAAAGAAGGCAGGCAAGGCUAGCCUGAAGAUCUCCUGUCUGGACGUCGACCUCAAACCUGUCGAGGUCCAGAUUAAGGACAACAGGGACGGAACUUACUCUUGUAAAUACAUGACCAAGCGUGCCGUCAAACACACCAUCACCAUCACCUGGGGAGGAGUACAGAUCCCCAACAGUCCUUUCAGGGUGUUGGUCGGAGAACCAUCCAAGCCAGGAAAUGUCAAGGUGUAUGGUCCUGGAGUCGAGAAGGGAGUGAAGACCGGAGUCAAGACCUAUUUCGUUGUGGACUGUAAGACUGCUGGUCCAGGCGAUAUCAGCAUUGCAUUGACUGAUGAACGAGGAAAAGAUGUUCCCGUCAAAACCGUUGACAACAAAGAUGGCACUUUCAGAAUCGAGUACGAACCAAAGACGCCCGGAACCUACGUUGUACAGGUUUACUUCGCUAACAGUGAGAUCCCGAAAAGUCCCAUUAAGGUCACCGUCGAGUCCAGUAUUGACCUCAGCAAGGUCAAGGUCGUAGGAUUAGAUACACCUAUGAGGGUCAAUGAACCAAGACAGGUUGAUAUCAUUACAAAGGAUUGUGGGAAAUCUCCUACACCUGCUACAAUCACAGUUCUCUCCCCUACCAAGAAGAAGCGAGAUAUCCCCGUAAAGGAAACCCCUCAGGGUUAUACUGCCAAUCUCACAAUGUUGGAGCCUGGCCUUCACAAGGUCACAGUUACAUACGCAGCCAAGGAAGUCCCGAAAUCUCCAUUCUCAGUCACCGUCACCCCAGAUGUUGCUGCCAAGGUCAAGGCCUAUGGACCUGGUCUCAAGGGUGGAAAGGCCCACCAGCCUUGCACAUUCACUGUCGACACAAGGGAAGCAACUGCCCCUGGAGGUCUCGGUGUUACAAUUGAUGGGCCCAAAGAGGCGAAGAUUGAUUGUGUUGAUAAUGGUGAUGGCACAUGUAACUUCACCUACGUGCCAGAGGUUGAAGGAGAAUAUCGCGUCAACAUCACAUAUGCUGAACAGCCAAUUCCAAAUUCACCUUUCAAGGCCAAAAUCCUACCUGGACCCAAGGUCGAUGCCACUAAGGUCAAGGUCGUAGGUUUGGACAAACCAAUCAGAGUCGGUGAAGUUAGACCUGUCGACAUUAUCACAACCUCUGCCGGUAAAUCAGACCAGCCUGCCAAGCUCUCUGUUCUCUCACCAUCUGGCAAGAAGAAGGACGUCCCUGUUAAGGAAACACCCCAGGGAUACACAUGUCAGUUCAGUGUACAAGAACCUGGACCACACAAGGUCACUGUGACCUACGAUUCCAAAGAGGUCCCCAAGUCCCCAUUCAAUGUCAACGCUGUACCAGAUCUGUCCAGCAAGGUCAAGGCCUAUGGACCUGGUCUCAAGGGAGGAAAGGCUCACCAGCCUUGCACAUUCACUGUAGACACGAGGGAGGCAACUGCCCCCGGAGGUCUCGGCGUAACUGUGGAAGGACCAAAAGAGGCUAAGAUUGACUGCGUCGACAAUGGCGAUGGUACCUGUAACUUCACUUACUUCCCUGAGACGGAAGGCGAAUACAAUGUUAAUGUCACGUAUGCCGAACAGCCAAUCCCCAACUCUCCGUUCAAAGCCAAGGUUCUUCCUGGACCAAAGAUUGACGUUGCUAAAGUCAAUGUCCUUGGACUGGACAAACCAAUGAAGGUCAAAGAACCAAGGCAGGUAGAUAUCGUAACCACAGCAGCUGGUAAGUCUGACACUCCAGCCAGGCUUUUUGUAGUGUCCCCAUCCGGAACCAAAAAGGACAUUCCAGUAAAGGAAACUCCCCAGGGAUACACUGCAUCAGUCACCUUGUUGGAACCCGGACCGCACAAGGUCAAUGUUGCCUAUAACGGAAAGGAGGUACCUAAAUCACCAUUCACGGUCGAUGUCCAGCCAGAUGGUUCAGACAAGGUCAAAGCAUAUGGUCCAGGUUUGGAAGGAGGCAAAUCCAACCAGCCUUGCACAUUCACUGUGGAUACAAGGGAGGCAACUACUCCCGGUGGUCUCGGCGUAACUGUGGAAGGACCCAAGGAAGCUAAGAUCGAUUGCGUUGACAAUGGCGAUGGAACAUGUAACUUCACCUACAUGCCCGUCGAGGAGGGAGAAUACAAAGUAAAUAUCACGUAUGCCGAACAGCCAAUCAAAAACUCGCCCUUCCGUGCCAAGAUUGAGCCCGGACCCAAGGUGGAUCUUAGUGGAGUGACAGCUUACGGACCCGGUCUCAAUCCCAAGGGUGUAUUUUUGGAAUCUCUUUCCGAGUUCACCGUUGAUGCCAAGUCCGUCACACCUGUUGGAGAGGGAAACAUCCGUGCUAUUGUCACAAGCCCAAGCGGAACCAAGCACGACAGCAUUGUCACCAACAAAAAGGACGGUACCUACAACGUUCUCUACACCCCAGAGGAACAAGGUCCAACAACCAUCGAUGUCACUUACGACAACAUGCCGAUCCCCAAGAGUCCUUUCAAGGUGAACACAGUUCCUGGAAACGACGCUAGCCGUGUCAGGGCUUACGGACCUGGACUUGAGGGUGGUUUGUCAUGCGACACCCAGCAGUUCACUGUUGACGUCAAGAACGCUGGACAGGGUGGCAUUGGGCUUGCCAUCAAUGGACCCGUAGAGGCACAGAUAAACUGUAAUGACAACCGCGACGGCACUCUCACUGUUGACUACCUCCCAACAAAACCCGGGGACUAUGAUGUGAACAUCAGCUUCGCUGACCAACCUAUCCCAGGCUCACCGUUCCAUGUUGGAAUCAAGAACCCAGUGAACCCCGCCAAGGUCCAGUGCUACGGCCCUGGACUGGACAGCAAGGGCGUCCGCGAAGGCUCUCCAGCGACCUUCACCGUGGACACAACUGAGGCCGGAGAGGCUCCCCUGCAGGUCACUUACACUGACAACCAAGGAAACAAACGUCCAGCAGAACUGCAACCUGUCAGUGAGGGUAAGGUCAAUGCUACCUACUUCCCCCAGGAAGAGGGCAAGUGCAAGGUCGAGGUCAAGUACGCUGACCAACAGGUUCCUGGCAGUCCAUUUGCUAUGCAAGUGCUACCGACUUGUGACCCCAACCGCGUUCUCGUCACAGGAUCAGGAGUUGGACCAAAUAUCCACGCCAGCAAGCCAGUCACUUUCACCAUCGAUACCAGCGAGGCUGGUGUGGGUGACCUUGAGGUCACUGUAAUGAGACCAGAUGGGUCAUACAUCAGCCCCGUUGUCCAGGACAACGGUGACGGUACCUUCACAGUGUCCUACAUCCCUGAUGACCUCGGACUGUACAAGAUCAACGUCAAGUUUGGAGGAAAGAACGUCCCCAACUCGCCCUUCAAGGUCAAGGCCUUGCCCACUGGAGACGCCAGCAAAUGUAGAAUCACAGAGGGGCUUGACAACAAAUUUGUACCGAUCAACAAGGAGACCGUGAUUACCGUGGACGCUUCUCAGGCCGGAGAUGGUAAAGUCACCUGUCGCAUCCGUAGCCCAAGUGGCAACGAUAUUGACAUCGAUAUCGUGGAGAACCCUGAUGGUACCUUCAGCCUCCUUUUCACCCCGCAAGUUGCCGGCGCCUACACAAUCAACAUCAAGUUUGGCGGUCAGACAGUACCAGGUGGUGAAUACGACAUCCAGGUCACGACCAAUUCAUGUGAUUGGCGGAAUAUGGCUGUAGAACCUGACGACUAUGAAGAAUAUCUUCAGCAGCAGCAGCAGCAGGUUGGUGCGGUAGAAGAGCAGCUAUUGAGCGCAGACACUGUAGAUAACGUACAGGCAUCCCUUCCUGUCCAGGGUCUUUUCCAGCCUGUCGAUUUCUGUAUCCCCGUAGGACCUAUCUUCAACUUCGUAUCAGCUUAUGUUAUAAUGCCAUCCGGAGAAAAGGCCUACCCAAAGAUAGAGGAUAACAAGGAUGGCACCGUCACUGUCAGGUAUCAGCCCACCGAUACGGGACUCCACGAGCUCCACGUCAACUACAACAGCGAGCCGAUCAGCGGAAGUCCGUUCCAGUUCCACGUAGAUGCUGUAAACAGUGGUCAUGUGACUGCCUACGGGUCUGGCCUGUGCCACGGCGUGGUCAACGAACCCGCAGAAUUCACCAUUGUAACCAAGGAUGCUGGUGCAGGUGGUCUGUCCCUGGCCAUCGAAGGUCCUUCCAAGACCGAGAUUAAAUGCCAGGAUAACGGAAAUGGCACCUGCACAGUGUCCUACAUACCCACAGCCCCCGGAGAAUAUAACAUCACCUGCAAGUUUGCAGAUCAACAUAUUUCUGGUUCACCAUUCACCGCCAAAAUCACUCCAUCCACUGAGGUGAAGAAGCGAGCCCAGAUUGGUCGUAGUAGUGAGGUUUCUCUCAAGGUCACAGAAUCGGACAUCGGUAGUCUGAUGGCCACCAUCAGAACUCCAUCUGGUAGCGAGGAACCGUGCCUGCUCAAACGUUUAGCCAACGGUCACUUAGGAAUCUCAUUUACUCCCCAUGAAGUGGGAGAGCAUUUAGUCAAUGUAUUUAGGAAUGGAACACACAUCAAUGGAAGUCCCUUUAAAAUCUACGUGGGCGAGAGUGAGCUCGGAAACGCCAGCAAGGUCCGCGUCGAUGGACCCGGCCUGCAGACAGGAAUGGCCAAUGAAAUCAAUGAAUUCACUGUGGACACUAGGGAUGCAGGUUACGGUGGUCUAAGUCUGUCCAUUGAAGGCCCCAGCAAGGCUGACAUCGAAUGUUUGGACAAUGAAGACGGAAGUUGUCGCGUAACCUACAAACCAACGGAGCCUGGAAAUUAUGUUAUUAACAUCAAAUUCGCAGACCAGCAUGUGCCAGGAAGUCCACACACGGUAAAGAUUGGUGGAGAAUCUACAUCUAGAAUUACGGAAAGGAUCACGCGCCACAGAGAGGCUGCAGACAUCACUCAUAUCGGCAGUCAGUGCGAACUCAGCCUUAAAAUACCAGUUCAAUACUUUGCCAAAAUGGGUGCCUUUAGGAUAUUAGAAACACAUGUUUCCAAAGGAACGAGUCCGUUUGAUAUGACCGCCUCCGUAACCAGUCCGACAGGUGUAACAGAGCUAUGUGACAUCAUCAGCCUAGACGACAGCCAUUAUAGUAUUAAGUUUGUUCCCAAGGAGAUGGGUGUACACACAGUUUGUGUGAAACACAAGGACAUGCAUAUUCCAGGUAGUCCAUUUGAGUUUACUGUAGGUCCUAUUGCUGGUGGAGGUUCACACAAGGUACAUGCUGCAGGGCCCGGUCUGGAGAAGGGAGAGAUCAACGAACCCUGUGAGUUUAACAUCUACACACGUGAGGCUGGAGCAGGUGGUCUGUCGAUCGCUGUAGAAGGUCCUUCCAAGGCGGAGCUUGACUUUGACGACCGUAAGGAUGGAUCCUGCGGUGUCAGCUACACGGUGACAGAGCCUGGAGAAUACUUGGUGUCGAUCAAGUUCAAUGAUGAACACAUACCCCAGUCACCAUACAGAGUCUACGUCACCCCCAGCAUAGGCGACGCCCGCAAGCUCUCCGUGUCCGCACUCCAGUCCAAGGGAGCAGGAAUUGGCAAGCCAUGCUCAUUCGUUAUUCAUUUCAACGGUGCCCAGCCAGGCAAGGUCAAGGCCAUGGUUCUGACCCCAUCCGGUGCUGAAGAGGAGGGAUUCAUCCAGGAGAUUGAUGAUGGAGAGUAUGCUGUCCGGUUCAUCCCCAGAGAAAACGGUCCCCACAUGGUCUUUGUCAGCUAUGACAAAUGCCAGAUCCCAGAGAGUCCAUUCCGUAUCAUGAUCGGAAAGGUUGAUGCUGAUCCGGGAAUGGUCCAUGUGUCUGGAGACGGACUCAAGACCGGAACAACCGAUGAGCCAGCCAAGUUCUUCGUCAACACAUGCAACGCUGGAAGUGGAGCUUUGGCUGUCACAGUGGAAGGACCUUCUAAGGUGAAGCUGGAGUGUAAGGAAACCGAGGAGGGCUACGAGUUCACAUACAAGCCCACCGCUCCUGGGGGUUAUCUCAUCUCUAUCAGAUACGCUGGUUCCUAUGUCGCCGGUAGUCCAUUCAAGGCCAAGAUCACAGGACAGGGAAAGGAAUCCAGCAUGCAGGAGAUGUCAACAUGUGUUGUGGAGACCGUCACCAAGACAAGUGUUAUGAGCAGGUUCACCAACCUCCCCAAGUUCCAGUCAGAGGCCUCCAAUGUUACGUGUGAGGGUAACGGAAUGAAGAAAGCCUUCCGUGGUAAACAGUCCACAUUCACCAUCGACACGACCAUGGCUGGUAACAACAUUUUGUACGUGGGCAUGGUAGGACCUAAGGGGCCCUGCGAGGAACUGUGCGUAAAGCACCAAGGUAGCGGCAUCUACAAAAUCAACUACAUCGUCAAGGAGAUGGGAGAAUACAUGUUAGUCGUCAAGUGGGGACAAGAUAACAUCCCUGGCAGUCCCUUCUGUGUCAAGGUCAACUAGUGUCAAGGUCAUCUAGAGGGACAUCAUUAACAACUAAUUGUGCUUAUGACAUUGAAAAUAUAUGUCAAAGUACAAGGACAUCUGCUUACAACAUUGAAAAAAAAAUUGUUUGUUUGCUUUGAAAAAAAUGAAGUCAUAAAUUGUAUGUAUGGUUAAUACAGAAGUGCUGGGAUGAUGGAGCAGUGGACAUUUCUAUCAAGAAAUGUUGGAAAGGACUGGCAGUGAUAUGUGUGGAGAAGAUUUUAUGUGUUAUCAUUGCCGAAACAGCUGCAUAUACAAGUCAUGUUUGCAAAGAGUUGACAUGUAUUACGAUUCCUUGCAGACAUUACCAGAUAUCCAGCCUUAAAAUUCAAUGUGAUUUUACGUGCAUACAUUGAACUGUUUAAGAUUUCGAAGUGCAAUAAUACGCUUUAUACAAUGUAUGGACUUAACAUCUGAUUGUCAAAAAGUCUGUAUUUCACCCAGCAGCAUACUCACUGAAGAAAUUAGUGUUGAUGAGCGUAUGAAUUAUCAAUGAGGAGAAAAGGUUUGUAAAUGGCAUGUCCACCUUUUCACCAUUAGAACCAUAUACCUGUUCCUCCCCCCAGGGACCACACAGACCGGUCCAGAUCAUAAGAUGGAGCAGCCCACUGUAGAAGUGAAGGGGGAACAGGUUCAUUGUUUAUUGGGUUAUGAAUUAUAGUCCAUGCCUUCUCGAACAAAUAAAAGGAUAAUGUCAUACAACAUCAGUACAAUAUCGUACUGAGAACGACAUUCAGAACAUUGUAGAACAAUGGUGCGAUACUUUCUCUUGCCGUAGUACAAUUUCCUUGUAUUAAUAUUUGCACCAUCAGUUGAUAUUUGUUGUUAAUGCUAGAAUAACCAAUUAAAGAAUAGGUUUUUUUUAAAGCUUUUUGAAAGAUUUUAUCAUAAAAGAUAAAUAAUGUUCUUUUGUCCUAUAUACAUUUACAAAUGGUGCUUGUUUGUUUUAUGAAGAAUUCUGAAUUUCUUCCAUUUACGAGAAACUAAGAUGUUGAAAAUAUUUCAAAUUAGUGGAAUGAUUUGAUCAGAGAGAAAUUUACGAAAUGAAUCUGGUAAAUACAAAGUCUUUAAGUUUACGUGAGUGACUUGUAUGGAUGAACUCCAAACAUUGGCUGUUCAUUGUCACAAAAACGUUUGUAAAUUUCAAACUCUAACAAGACGCUUGACUUCUGUAGUUUUGUAGGGUAUAUUUCUCUAUAGUUACCUUGUCUGUAGCAGAAUUUUUUAUUUUCUUGAAGUAUUCUCUUGAUUUUGAGAGAACACUGGUUGUAUAGCUAUCAAUUCUAACUAUUUAAUCUCAUGUGUUUGACGAAUUAUAUUAUAGACCUUCGCAGAAGGGUAUUAUUAUUAAUAAAUUAUAUUAUUUGCGAAUGAAUGAUGGAGUACGAAAUAAAGAGUUGACUUGGCAUUUCGAAGUGGACUUUUUUGCUUGAAAUAUAUCACAACUAUGCACAAAUCGUUUUUGUUAGAAAUGAAUACUUGUAUACAAUCUGACGGUUUCGUAUACACAUACGUUUUCAUGUAUAUAUUAUUAUAUAUAAAAAUCUCAUUCUUGAUAUAUUUUAUUGAAAUAUUUUUUUUCAAGUUUAUAUAUUUAAAAGAGGAAUGUUGGAAAGUUUGUUAACCCUUGUUUCCCCACUUACAAAAAAGGCCCCUGCAUUUAUUACUCUGUGAAUAUUCAUCAAAUGUCAAACCAUUGCCCAUUUUACCCUCCCCUGGAAGUCUAAUUUUAGAACCAACAAUAAUGGAUGGUCUGUACCAAUAUGAAUUUUUAGGGGUUUAAGGGUAUAAAUCUCAUGUAUUAUUAAUAAUAUACCAUGAUGUCGGACACAUUUGAAGCAUCAACUUGAUUCAUGAAGCAUUGAGGCCAUUGCAUUCAGAAAGGACUUAAUAUAUCUCAUUACUGAAACUGUCUAUUCCUGCCCCCCACCCCUUCAUCUGUUGUCCCCUGCCCACUACCUCCUCUCUGUUAAAAAACUGAUAUAUAUGAUAAAUAUAUAAUAUACAUAUAUGCCAAAUCUUUUUAUCUAAAAAUAGAUACAUUUUGUUUGAAACCAUAUACCGGUAUCAUUAAAUAUCUAAUAAAUUGACAUUGAAAUGAAAAUAUAGAAUUUUGAUGCUUAUAAUAAUCUCGAGACCUAAAAAUGUUUCGUCAGUUAUAUCUAAUUAAAGUUAAAAAGCUUAUUCCAUUUAAAUCAAUAGCAUUAUUAUAUAAUUGCUUUGCUCACAAGCACUGGAGUACCGAGUGACCCCAAGCAUAUCCCGACCUUUGACCUAUUCAUGGUUGCUAUGGCAUUGUGUAUAUGUAUGCUAAUUUCUACAAUAAAAAUGAUAAAAACCUGCU